GCUAGGUGAGGCGCUCUGGGGCGGACUGGCCAGAAUCCACUCAUGAGCAAGCAGAACCAUUUUCUGGUGAUAAACGGCAAGAACUGCUGUGUGUUCCGAGAUGAGAACAUUGCCAAGAUCUUGCCACCGGUGUUGGGGCUGGAAUUUGUGUUUGGACUCCUGGGCAAUGGCCUUGCCUUGUGGAUUUUCUGUUUCCAUCUCAAAUCCUGGAAAUCCAGCCGGAUUUUCUUGUUCAACUUGGCUGUGGCUGACUUUCUCCUGAUCAUCUGCCUGCCAUUCCUGAUGGAUAACUAUGUCCAAAACUGGAACUGGAGGUUUGGACCCAUCCCCUGCCGUGUGAUGCUCUUCAUGUUGGCCAUGAACCGACAGGGUAGCAUCAUCUUCCUUACGGUGGUGGCUGUGGACCGGUACUUCCGGGUGGUCCAUCCGCACCACUUCCUGAACAAGAUCUCCAACCGGACGGCGGCCAUCAUCUCUUGCUUCUUGUGGGUUAUCACCAUCGGCCUGACGGUCCACCUCCUCUAUACAAACAUGAUGACCAAAAAUGGCGAGGCAAAUCUGUGUAGCAGUUUCAGUAUCUGUUACACUUUCAGGUGGCACGACGCAAUGUUCCUCUUGGAAUUCUUCUUGCCCCUGGGCAUCAUCCUGUUCUGCUCAGGCAGGAUCAUCUGGAGCCUACGGCAGAGACAGAUGGACAGACAUGUCAAGAUCAAGAGGGCCAUCAACUUCAUCAUGGUGGUGGCUAUUGUGUUUGUCAUCUGCUUCCUGCCCAGUGUGGCCGUUCGGAUCCGAAUCUUCUGGCUCCUCUACAGACACAACGUGCGGAGCUGUGAGAUCUACUCCUCUGUGGACCUGGCUUUCUUCAUCACUCUAAGCUUCACCUACAUGAACAGCAUGCUGGACCCACUGGUCUACUAUUUUUCCAGCCCAUCUUUCCCCAACUUCUUCUCCACCUGUAUCAACCGCUGCCUUCGAAAGAAAACAUUGGGCGAGCCAGAUAAUAACCGAAGCACUAGCGUGGAGCUCACAGAAGACCCCAGCACAAUCAGAAGUAUUCCAGGGGCACUAAUGACUGACCCCGGUGAGCCAGGAAGCCCCUCUUAUCUGGCUUCGACAUCCCGUUAAGUCACUAUGCCAAGAAGGGAGAUUGCCACUCAGGCCUAUGCUCUAUGGAGAGGCAAUUUGGCGGUUGCACAGGGUAACAUCCUCAGACUUGGCAUACGCUUUCUUGGAACUUCUAGAUUCGGAGAAUCAGAUUUAGAGAAACAGCGUGGUGCAGUGAGUGGUUGGGUUUCAAGGUGCAGCUGUCGAAAUCUCAGAGGAACAGAAAGCCAAGUUUCCAGACAGUGGAAACUUCUCAGCCUCCCAAGCUUACAGGGCUGAAGAAGACAGAGUCCUGCAGAGUUUGCGCCCCAGACGCACCCAGACACACCAUCCGUACCUAUGGCUUGUUAGCUUCCUUCCUCAGUUCUGCUCAAAACCACGGAUGGUCCUUCACCGCUAGGGACCUACCUAGCCUAUCUGUGGGCCCCAGUGGGGACAAGGAGCCACUGAUAAGCCAGUUGGCCACUUGUGCUCUGUGGGACCAGUUUACCUUCCAGCCAGACCUUAGCAGAGAUGGAAGAGAGGAGGAGAUGUGAUUGUUUUCCUUCCAAUGGUGGUAAGAGAUGGGGGUAGACCCAGGAGGGUCUGAACUCACAGUGCCAGAGAGAAUCAGUCAGUAAGAAAUUCAGCUGAGCAGUUAAAAGGCUUUGGGGGAAACAGCGCUUCCCUCCCCUGUCUGCUUUUCUUAUUAAAGGGGAUUCAACUGUGUCCAUGGUUAAGGGGGUGGGGGGCUCAUUACUUGGGUUUCUGUACUUA